ACAAGCUUGAUGAGUUGAUAGAUCACUCUAUAUAUACACUUGCAGGUUAGUGUUGUUCAAGACAGACAGCUAAAAUGGCAGAUGUGAAGUUACACGGAUUUUGGUUUAGUCCUUUUGUUUUGAGGGUAGUAUGGACCCUAAAGGUAAAGGGUAUACCAUAUGAGUACAUAGAGGAAGAUCCCGCCAAUAAAACUCCUCAGCUUCUUGAAUACAACCCAGUGCACAAGAAGGUUCCUGUGUUUGUUCAUGAUGGAAAACCCGUAUGUGAGUCCAUCAUCAUUGUUGAAUACAUUGAUGAAAUAUGGUCUCAGAAUCCACUGGUUCCUGCUGACCCUUAUGAAAGAGCUAUUGCACGGUUUUGGGUUAGAUACAUCGAUGACAUGAUUUCUGCAGUUCUACUGCCACUCUGUCGCAGCAAUGACAUUGCAGAGCGGGAGGAGAUUAUAAAGGAAAUAUGGGCACGAUUCAGAGUUAUUGAAGAACAGUGUUCAGGUGAUCAAAAGAAAUUUCUUGGAGGAGACACUUUUAACAUUGUGGACAUAGCUUUUGGGUCUUUUGCAAGAUUUAUUCUGGCUUUGGAAGAUAUGUUUGAAGUGAAGAUCCUAGAAGCUGAGAGAUUCCCUCACUUGCAUACAUGGUUUAAUAAUUUCAUGGAUGUUCCGGCCAUAAGAGACAACCACCCUGACCAGGAGAAAUUGGUGGCUUGUAUUAGGUUUAUGAGAGACAAAUUGAGAUGAUAUAUCUUUGUCAUGAGACAUCUUGCAUCUGAUACUUUAAGCUACCAGUAUUUGUUUUGGUUUGUCUUGAUGUACCUCUUAUUGUGAAAGUAAUAAAAGUUAAGCCUUUGGGGUUUAACAAGUGGUAAGUGGA